AUGACACCAGAUAGCCAGCUCGACCUCUUGUUCGAUCCAUCUCUCAUCCCCUCAACCAUACAAGAACAGCUCGGUCCAGAUUUGCAUCUGCGACCACUUGCUUCUGACGAUCACAAAAGGGGUCAUUUCGACGUUCUGUCCGUAUUGACAACAGCACCAUUGCUGUCACCAAAAGCUUACAAGGAAAAUUUUGAUGAGUUGAAGGCAUGUGCCGGUACUUACUUUAUCAUUGUAAUUGUGGAUGUUGCUUCAGAGAAGAUCGUGGGCAGUGGCUCUGUCAUUGUCGAACGUAAAUUCCUUCGAGCAGCUGGUCUUGUAGGUCAUAUAGAAGAUAUAGCAGUCUCAAAGGCGGUGCAGGGGAAGAAGCUUGGUCUCAGAAUUAUCAACGCACUCGAGGAGAUAGGAAGGGUAAGAGGAUGUUAUAAGAUUAUCUUAGAUUGUAGCGAAAAGAAUAUACCAUUCUAUGAGAAAUGCGGGUUUAAACACAAAGAGUUUCAAAUGGUUCGAUAUAUGGCAGACCCCAAGGACGUCGCUAAAUCACCAACGCCAUCUAAAUUAUGA